AUGGCUAAGCUUCUCACAUCGUUGCUCACACUUGCCGCGCUUGCUGCUUCAGGACUCGUUUUCGCUCAUCCUCAUCCCGGAACUUUCUCUCCAGUUGAGCUAAUCAAACGCCAGGAGUUCCAGAAAUACUCUCGUCGUUCCCUUGGUGACUGUGCCUCAAAGCUGAGGGCUCGUAGCGGCGUAGCUGAACGAGCUAUUUCUCGUCGUGCCGAAUUCGCUAGAAAGGUACGGGAGGCACGUGGUCUUGAAGCAGGCCGUCCUUUCAAGCGAGAUUUAGCAACAAUUUUGGCGACAGACCACCAUUCCAAUCGUACGGACGUUACUACGGACUCGGACGCGGAUACAGUAUUUGAUGGAAAUAGCACAUGUGUCCUCGCUGCUACCGGCGAAGUAGGGCCCUUCUUCGUAAAGGGCGAGUAUGUCCGCUCUGACCUCACAGAAGAUCAGGAGGGUGUCGACCUUUACGUCGACCUUCAGUUUAUCGACGUCAGUACCUGCGAACCUUUGUCAGGGGUAUAUGUUGAUACCUGGUCAGCGAAUGCUACAGGCGUUUACAGUGGGGUUAUUUCUACAGGUAACGGUGUUGGAGACUCUGAUCCAUCUAACAUUAACACGACAUUCCUACGAGGCAUCCAGCAGACGUCAGGUGAAGGUUUUAUCCAGUUCCAUACUCUUUUCCCUGGUCACUACACUGGUCGCACCCACCACGUUCACCUUGUUGUGCACCAGACCGAUGGCACGCUCAACGAGAACGAGACGUAUUCCGGCGGGUCUUAUACCCACCAUGGUCAGGUCUUCUUCGAUCAGAGCCUCAUCACCGAAGUCAAUGAGCUUUCUCCCUACAACACGAACAAUGGAACACUCACCACAAACGACGAAGAUCGUGUCCUUUCAGAUGAACAGGACGUAGAUCCAGUGCUUGAGUAUGUAUUGCUUGGGGAUAGCUUGUCGGAUGGUAUCCUUGGAUGGAUUUCUCUCGGUAUAAACACGACUGCGAAUGUCGAGGUGGAUGAUGCCUCUGUGCUUACUGAAGACGGCGGUGUUGCGAACGAUACCGCAUCCGGUCUGGGAGAUCUCCCUAGUGGUAGUGCCUUUCCGUCUGGCGGUAUUCCAUCCGACAGCGCUCUCUUCCCAAGCGCCAGUGCAUAAAGAGAAUUAAAAC